AUGGCGAGCAAGCUCACUCCCCUCAUCCGCUCCGCCAUCCGGCCGGUGUGCCGGGCUGCCCGCCCUCAGUCUCGCGCCGCCUUCUCUCUCACAGCAAGCCGACGAAGCGACACUCUCAUGGUGCAUCGAAAUACCGAGGACAACAACCCCGACAUCCCCUUCAAGUUCAACGAGAAGAACCAGACCGUCAUUGCCGAGAUCCUCAAGCGAUACCCUCCCCAGUACAAGAAGGCUGCUGUCAUGCCUUUGCUUGACCUCGGCCAACGCCAGCACGGCUUUACCAGCAUCAGCGUCAUGAAUGAGGUCGCCCGUCUUCUUGAGAUGCCUCCCAUGCGAGUGUACGAGGUUGCCUCUUUCUACACCAUGUACAACAGAACUCCCGUGGGCAAAUAUUUUGUUCAAAUCUGCACUACCACACCUUGCCAACUUGGAGGCUGUGGAUCUGAUGUUAUCGUCAAGGCUAUUAAGGAGGAGCUCGGAAUUGAGCAGGGCCAGACCACUGCCGACGGUCUCUUCACCAUUCUCGAGGUCGAGUGCCUCGGUGCCUGCGUGAACGCCCCCAUGAUUCAGAUCAACGACGACUACUACGAGGAUCUCACUCCCGCCUCCGUGAAGGACCUCCUCAAGUCUCUUCGGGCCCAGGCCACUGCUUCCGACCCCUCUACUGUCAACGUCCCCAAGCCUGGUCCUCUGAGCAGCCGAGACACAUGUGAGAACAGUGCUGGUCAAACAAGCCUUAACGCGGAGCCCUGGGGAACCGAGACCACAAGGGCGGACCUGUAG